UCCUUCGUGUUAGUUGACGAGUUUGCUCGGAAAAUAAUUUUAUGUCCUAGGAACGAUGAAUGCAGACAAGUCAAUCGCACGGUGCUACAACGCAUCGACGGUGCACACAGGAGCUACACUGCCAUCGACACUGUGGUGGUCGACGAUUCCGACGAAGUGGCCAAUUAUCCUACAGAAUUCCUCAACACUAGAACCGGAUGGAUUGCCACCGUACAACUUGACUCUGAAAGUCGGUUCGAUCGUCAUGUUGCUGAGAAAUCUAGAUUCACAGAGGCGACUUUGCAACGGCACGAGGAAGACAUAGUCAUACCUGCAAAACCGCUCACGUCAAGUGGAGAAGAUGACCUGCCAGUCAUAAUGUGACGAGUAGAGUUCCCCGUACGGCUGUCUUUUGCGAUGACCAUUAACAAGUCACGGGGUCAAACUUUUGAUAAAGUUGGAUUGCUUCUGCCUUCACCGGUGUUCACACACGGACAACUGUACGUGGCGUUUUCACGCGUGAGACUCGUAAUCAAUUAAAAUUGGUAUGUGUGGUGACGAUCGUGGUAGAUUUGUCACCAAAAACAUUGUCUACAGAGAAGUUCUCUAAGCAACAUGAGUUUGUGCUUAUAUUCAAAUAUAUUGAUUAAUUAUGGUAAAAAUGUAUA